AUCUAGCCGCAGCCGCCUGUCUGGAAGAGCUGCAGGGAGAGUUGCCUUGUUUUGCUGUGCGCGCCCGAGGAUGGCUCGUGCGGGUGGGUUUUUUUGUGUGCCGCUAUGUUUAAUGCUCUUGCUGAUAAUUCCAUUAGGAAUUAACUGCAAAAAAAAGUCAUCUUCAAGUGACAUCAUCGAAGAAGUGGACCGGAAAAAAUUAGAAAAAUUCAUUAAUCAAGAGGAAUAUUUGGCCGUCUUUUUCUAUACGAAAAGUUGUAAGGACUGCGGUGUAGUCUUAGAAGAAUUAGAGCGCAUUGAUGAUGAAGCAUCGAACUUUGGCGUCGCAUUUGUCAAAAACAGUGAAAAGUCCACAGCAAAAAAGUAUGGUGUGACAUCAUUCCCAGCUUUAGUAUAUUUUCGAAACCAAGAACCUGCAAUUUACGAUGGUGACUUGAAAGACGAAGAAAGGGUGCUAGCAUGGCUAACCGAUUUAAAUUCCAUGGAGUUACCCGAUAAAAUUGAAGAAGUCAAUGCGAAAAUUCUUGAAAACUUAAUCGAAGAUUCUGAUUAUCUGGCAGUUUUAAUUUAUAAAGAAGAUAAUGAAGAAUCAGAGAAGAUCCUUCAGGCUCUUGAAAAUGUUGAUGAUGAGGCUGAUGCAAAAGAUAUUGGCUUUGUCAAGAUAGCUGAUGAAAAUUUAGCAGUUGAAUAUGGAUUAGACAAACUGCCUGCUUUGAUUUACUAUCGAAAAAAAAUUCCUCUUCUGUAUGACGGAGACUUGUUUAACGAAGAAGAAGUUCUGAACUAUCUUUUCGAGUUCCAAGAUUUGGGCGAUGAAAUUGAUGCAAUUGAAGAUGUAUCUGCUAAUUCCUUAAUGCAAUUAAUCGAGGAAUCUCCAUACUUAGCAGUACUGUUUUAUGAUAUUGAAAACAGGAGAUCCCAAAGAAUUCUCGAAGAGUUGGAAAGCAUUGAUGAUGAUGCUAAUCGAAAUGGAAUACCCUUCGUCAAAAUAGAUGAUAGGAAGCUUGCUUCUGAAUUCGGCAUUGAAGUUCUCCCUUCAUUAGUUUAUUUUGAAAAUAAAAUGCCAAAUUUUUAUCAAGGUGAUUUAACGAAGGAAGAAGAUGUUUUAGAUUGGUUGAUCAAGCAGUCAAAAUCUGAUGAAAUUGAAGACGUCACAGAUCGAGUACUUCAACAUAUGAUUAAAAAAACACAUGAGCUUGUUGUGUUGUUUUAUGACAAUGACGAUGAAAAUAGUAUGGAAAUUUUGAAAAAUUUGGAAAAUAUUGAUGAUGAUGCCGACAAAUUAGGCAUUCCAUUUGUAAAAAUAGACGAUACUGAACUAGCACAAGAUUAUGGAAUAGAAGCUGAAAAUUUGCCAACUUUGGUAUUUUUCGAAAAUCAGGUUCCGAAUUAUUACAAAGGAAAUUUAACUACAGAAGAAGCUGUUCUAGAGUGGUUAAAAGACCUGCAAACUUCAGACGAAAUUGAAGCAGUAUCUGAUAAAGUUAUUGAGUUAAUGAUUGACAAGUGUGACUAUUUGGCUGUUUUAUUUUACAAUGCUGAUGAUGCUGUUGCUAAAAAGGCAUUAAACGAAUUAGAAAAUAUUGACGAUGAAAGUGAUAAAGCUGGUAUUCCACUUGUAAGAAGCGAAAGCAAAGUUAUUGCAGACAUGUAUGGAAUAGAAAACUUACCGGCAUUGGUUUUCUUUGAAAAUGGUGUGCCAAAUGUCUAUCCAGGCGAUUUGUCAUUGGAAGAAGAGGUUCUCAAAUGGCUUCUAGAGCAACAAAGUUCUGAUGAAAUUGAAGAUGUAACUUCCAAAGUUUUAGAACAAAUGAUUGCAAAGUCUGAACAUUUAGCUGUUCUGUUCUAUGACAAAGAUGACCGCAAAUCAAAAGAUGUAUUAAGAGCACUUGAAAACAUAGAUGACGAUGCUGACAUUGAAUAUGAUAUGCCUUUUGUUCGUAUUGACGAUAAGGAACUUGCAGCUGAAUAUGGAUUAUCUGAAUCUGAUUUGCCAGUGCUAUUGUACUUUGAGAAAAAAAUUCCAUCUAUUUAUCAAGGAGACCUUACCAAUGAGCAGCAAGUAUGGAAAUGGUUGCAUCUCCAAUUGACUUCUGAUGGUAUUGAAGAGGUUACUGAAAAAAUUCUGUUCAAUUUGGUUGCCCACAAUGAUUUUGUUGCUGUUUUGUUUUAUGAUCACAAAUCAAAGAAAAGUGCUAAGGUUUUAAAAGAACUUGAAACAAUCGAUGAUGAUGCAGAUGAGUAUGACAUUUUAAUAGUAAAGAGCGCCAACUUCGCUACCGAAAAAUAUGGUUUGAAAAAACUUCCAGCCCUUAUUUUCUUUAAAGAAGGAAGUCCAACUGUGUAUGAAGGCAAUCUCAUGAAAGAGGAAGAAGUGUUUGAAUGGUUGAUAAGUAUGUUAGCAAAUGAUGAAAUAGAAGAUAUCAAUGAAAAUACAUUGGAUAAUUUAAUCGACACUAAUCCAUAUGUUACAGUUUUCUUUUAUGACAAAGAUGCCGAAGUUAGUGAAAAGGUUCUUCGUGAACUGGAAAAUAUAGACGAUGAUACAGAUCGACUUGGGAUUCCUUUUGUUCGUAUUGAUGAUGAUUCAGUUGCAAAAGAAUUUGGCAUUCUUGAUGAAUUACCAAUUUUAGUCUAUUUUGAAAACAAAAUUCCUAGUGUAUAUGAAGGUGAUCUGAUGAAUGAAGAAGCAGUCUUGGCAUGGAUUAUUAAACAGAAAGAAGAAGAUACUAUCGAAGAAGUGACAGACGAAAUUUUAGAAGACAUGAUUAAAAAAUUUGAAUAUGUUCUGGUAUUCUUUGCUCCUAAUGAAUGUCCGGAUUGUGAAAAAAUACUGCAUGAACUCGAAAAUAUUGAUGACGAAACUGAUGAUCAUGGAAUAAUGUUUGUCACAACUGAUGAUAUGACUUUGGCAAAGAAACAAGCGAAAUUAACUAAAUUCCCUGCUGUUGUUUUAUUUAGAAAUGGUGUACCUACUGUCUAUAAAGGUGAUCUGAAGAAUGAAGAUGCUCUUUUAGCUUGGGUUACCAGUGAAGAAGCUCUUGACAUUCCAGAUAAAAUAGAAGAAGUGAACAUGAGAAUGCUUGAUAAGUUGCUGGAAACUUCUCCAUAUGUUGCUGUUCUCUUUUACCAAGAAGAUAACCCUCUUUGUGAUAAGAUUUUGGUUGAAUUAGAAAACAUAGACGAUGAUGCUGAAGAAUAUGAUAUCGAUUUUGUAAAAAUAUCCGACAAAGAGAUUUCAGAAGAAUAUGGCAUUGUAGCAUUCCCUACUCUUGUGUUUUUUAGAAAGCGUUUUCCACAGUUUUAUGAUGGGGAUUUGAUGGAGGAAGAUAAAGUUCUGAAAUGGUUAAUUGAAAAUAAGGAGAAAAAAGAUGAUGUGAUAGAAUAUGUUGAUAAAAAAAUGUUAGAUCUUCUUUUAGACGAUGUUGAACAUAUUGCUGUUUAUUUCUAUGAAAAAGGAUGCACCGAAUGUGAAAAUAUAAUUAAAGAACUAGAAACGAUCGAUGAUGAUACAGAUCGCCAUGGAAUACAUUUUGUGAAAACUGAUGAUGUCAGACUGGCAGAAGAGCUUGGUGUAACAGAAUUUCCAACUUUGGUAUAUUUUGAGCAUGAAAUACCCAGCAUAUACUCAGGAGAUUUAAUGAAAGAAAAAGAAGUUUUGAACUGGCUUUUGACACAGAAAAAUGAAGACACCAUUGAAAAUGUAAACAGAGAAAUGUUGUUCAAGUUGAUUGAAGAUCAAGAAUUUCUUGCUGUGCUUUUCUAUGCUGAAAAUGAUAAAGAAAGUGAGGAGGUUGCACACCAUCUUGAGCAAAUUGAUGAUGAUUGCAGUGAAUAUGAUGUUCAUCUUAUUAAAAUGUCAGAUAAAUUUAUGGCUAAGAAACAUGGCAUUAAAAACCCUCCUGGGCUUGUCUUUUUCCGAAAUGGGAAACCAAUUAAAUACCCAGGCAAGUUGAAAGAUGAAGAGGAAGUACUGGAAUGGUUGAUUAGCCCUGAGAAUAUGGCUGUGAGUGAUAUUAUUGAAAAAGUCAACAAACGAAUGUUUGAAAGAGUGUUGAAAAGAUUUGAUUAUGUUGCAGUUUUCUUCUAUUCUGAUCUAGGCUGUAAAACAUGUGGCAAAGUGUUAGAUGAACUUGAAAAAAUUGACGAUGAAGCUGAAGCAGAAGGAAUACACAUAGUAAAAAUUGAUGACAGUGGUUUUGCUAAAAAAUAUGGUGUAUUUGCUUUCCCAGCUAUAUUAUUCUUCAGAGGAAUAGAUUCAGAACCAAUAAUUUAUGCAGGUGAUAUGAAGAAUGGAGAACGCAUGCUUGGUUGGCUACUUACUCAAAAAGAUCCUGGUGCUGAUGUCAUUGAAGAAAUUGAAGGUGAUGAAUUAAGGCAAGCAAUUGAAACUGCUGAUCAUUUGGCUGUCUUCUUUUAUGAUAAGAACCUUUGCUCGAACUGUGACAAUGAAAACAAAGAUACCAUGGAAUGUGAAGACUGCAUGAUUAUUAUGGAAGAGCUGGAGAAUAUUGAUGAUGAUACGGACCGAAAUGGCAUCCAAUUUGUUAAGACCACAGAUUUAGAAAUAUUGAAGCAUUAUGGAAUCAAAUUAACUCCUGCUCUUGUAUACUUUGAAAAUCAAGUUCCUAGCAUAUAUGAAGGUGAUUUGGCUGAAGAGGAUCAAGUUCUAGAUUGGCUGUUGCAUCAAAAAUCGGAUGAUACAAUAGAAACAGUAAACAAAGCAAUGCUGGAGAAAUUAAUUGAAGAAACACAAUAUCUUGCCGUGUUUUUCUAUAAGCCUCAUUGUCGUGCUUGUGAAGUUGCUCUGAUGCAACUUGAAAACAUCGAUGAUGACACAGACUUAUACGGUAUAAGCGUUGUCAGAAUUUAUGAUCCUCAAGUUUCCAAACGAUAUGGUAUUAAAACAUUUCCAGCUCUAGUAUACUUCAGAAAUGGAAAUCCUUUAAUAUAUGAUGGUGAUUUAAAGAAUGAAGAAUCAGUCUUGGAAUGGCUAAUUGAUGAUGAUAAUCGAGAACUUCCUGAUGAAAUUGAGACAGUCAACCUUCGAAUGUUAAAUAAACUUGUCGAGGAAUCACCAUUUUUGGCAGUAUACUUUUACACGCAGGAUUGCCACGAAUGUGAAAGAGUAUUAAUGGAACUAGAAAACAUAGAUGAUCAGUGUGAUGUUUUUGGAAUAGAUCUUGUAAAAAUAUUUGAUCCAGAAGCUCUUGAACAAUAUAAUAUUGAAAGUGUGCCCGCAUUAGCAUUUUUCCGAAAGCAAGUACCUAUGUUUUAUGAUGGUGAUCUUUAUGAUGAAGAAGAACUUUUAAAAUAUUUGACAAGCAAUGAUGCAUUUGAAAUUAAAGACGAAAUUGAAGAAGUUAACAGAAAGAUGUUAGAAAAAUUAUUGGAUGAUAAUGAAUUUGUUGCCGUCUUUUUCUAUGAAAAUAACUGUGAAAAAUGCGUGGAUGCUCUUCAAGAACUGGAACGCAUUGACGAUGAAGCAGACGAUUUAGAAAUUAUGUUCGUGAAAAUAAAAGAUCCUCGUUAUGCCAAGAAAUUUGGAAUAGCUAGUUUUCCAUCUUUAGUUUACUUUAGGAAAAAAUUUCCAUCUAUAUACAGAGGAAAUUUGUUAGAAGAAGAAGAAGUAUUGGAAUGGUUAAGGAAAAAUCGAUACCGUCACCCAGAACUUAAUCUCUUUAUGUAUGGACUGGCUGCAAUUAGUUUAAGUUUCGUGUUGUAUACGAUUAUAUUGAUCUAUUGCCGGAAUAAAAAUAAAGAAAAGAAAGAGUGAUUUUGAAAAUGAAUGAAUGGAUUUUUUUUUCCUUUUUUGCCUACCCUUUUCUGAGAGAGUUGGUGAAUUGUGAGAAGGAAAAAUAUUCCAGACUUUGCUGCGGACUCGAGGACAUUUUUCAUUUAAUGCUUAACAAACUAUUUAUCCUGUACAGUUAACAAUGCUAUACUUAAUAUAUGAUGUUGCUUGACCAACACAAAAGUGAAAAUUUAGCUGUACAUAACAGAAUUCUUUUGUAUAAAGUGUAUGUAACUACUUGAAAUUUUUAUUUAUUUUUACUUUAAUGCUCAAAAUUACACAUUUAUUAUUUUUCAUGAGAUUUAAAAUUACUUUAUCCAUAUUUCUUAGUAUUUUCAUAGAAUUUUAAUAUUUCAUUUUCUUCCUUGCUUCCCUCUAACUUCUUAAAUAUGAUUAUUGCUACAAUACAAUGUGUAAUACUUUAAAAUGCAUUUCUUCGUUUACCUAGUUAUUUUUGCGUAAAUGUCUUCUUUUCAAUCAUGAAUGUGCCAUCUUCUGUCUAAGUCUUUUACCCCUAAUAUCUGUAAUAAGUCAACUCUCAAAAUCAUAAUAAGAAAUUUUUAAUUGCAACAUUUGCUCAAUGUUGGUUUUAUGUAUGUGUGUAAUUUUAUUACAUUUUGUGGGACAUUUAUUUCCAUGUCUUAUCGGAACUCCAAUCAUUUGUCAUACAUCUUAUAGAUGUUAAAAUGAGCUUGCUACUGUAUUGUUAUAACGUGCAUUCAGAGCUUAUAAUCAAACUCGUGCAUCUGUGUUAGUGUUGAAACGAAAACAACAAAAACUUUCUGAAUGUAGCAAAUUAUGCGUAUGAUCAUUUUCACAGACCUAUAUUGUUAUUUUUAUCUUCUAUGCUAUCUCCUUUUGCUUUAGAGUUGUUUUUUAAAUUUGUCAAGAUUAAAACAUGCUGUAAUGCCUCAACCUCAUUAAUGUUCCUGAUAAAGUUCUUGAAAGCUGUUCUAAUGGAAUUUUUGAUCUUAACAAAUGCAUAGCAAAUCCUGUGUGAUUUUUUUUUUUUUUUUUCUUCUCAAUAUUUAUAGACCUGAAUAAAAUUGAUUACUAGACUGUAAUAGGAAUGAAUGAAGAUAAUGUUUUCUAUAUUGCUAAAAUAUAUGUUUUAAUGGAUAUAUUUGUUCUAAAUUAGAAAAUGAGAUGUGGAUGAAAAUUCCAUUUUUACAAUAAUAUUUUGAGAAAUGAUAAUCAUUUUCCAUUGUGCUGUUCUGAAAAUGUAACAUGUUUUUAACGUGUAAAAUGUGUUUUCAAAAUCUGCUAAAUAUAAAAGAAAAUGGACUACCCUUAUGGAGUUUCCAUUUUCAUGGAAAUUCCAUAAAUCAUUUCUGAAAAAGUCAUUCAAGUAUUUCCAUAAAAUAAGCUUUGUAACUAUGGGGGGUUUUUUCGUAGAAAAAAAAUGUAUCAUUUGUCAUACUUAUUGAAAUCACAAUUCAUAUUAAUAUUUUCAUGAACCGUAUUUAUAGUAUUCAGUCCAAUAAUCAUGCUCUCUAUUUUAUCAUAAAAUUUAUUGUUGAAAUUUGUAUUUAUGCUUAUCUUUUUCUAAACUAAUAUAUUGUUCAUUAAUUUAACUACUUAAUCCUACAUUAAUUUUUUACAUUUAAAUACUAAAAUAAUGUGCAUUCAAAUAAUUUAUUAUGCUUCCUUCUGUGAUAUAUUUCAUUUCAUUUAAAUUGUUCAACGCAAUUUAAUAAGCAAGUACAAUUAUAAGUUCGUUAAAAUCUGAGAUUAGGAUAUAGAUGGCCUUUAGGAUUAAUAUUUUUGAUUCCUAAAAACUAUCAAUAUUCCUAUUGAAUAUCUGUGGAGAUAUUCCCUUAAGUUUGUAUUUCUGUAAUCUAAGAAUCAGGCGAAUUAUUUUGUAUUUUAUUGAAAAAUUAAUGAAAUUCAGGAUGGAUAAUUUCAAAAUGGCAUUUUAUUGAGUUAAACUGCAUAUAUUGUGACUAAAUAACAUAAAGCACCUGUUGUUUUUUAACUCUUUUUUUUAAUUAUUUUAGAACAUUUCUGACAUAUCUUAAGGUUUUAAUUUGACUAUAUUUGCGAUUAAUUUUGAAUAAUAAACAAAUAGUAUUUACUUAAUUUUAACAUUAUUUAUUCUAUUAUUUGAAUCUUAGCAUUUUGUAAUAUUCAGUUUAAUAAAUUUAAAUUAUAACUAUUCUACUAAUUCACUUAAUAAAUAGGAAAUGUAUAAAUGUUUAAGUGUAGUAGUUAAUAUAAAUCAAUUUUUUAUCUCUCAGAAGAGUAACAAUUUAUAAAGUUUCUUACACUUUCAUAUAGCUGUAUGUGUUUAUUUAAAAAAAAAUUACGACGAUAAAAAAAUUCGAUGCUAAGCGAAACUUUGUUUUAUACCUUCAUUAUAUUUUUUAUGGAUAUUAGGUUUAUGCAAAAUAUGUGGGCAAGUCGGUAUUUAGUAAGACAUUUAUGAUACUGGGUGUAAAUUUAGGAUAAAGCCAUGCAAUUUCAUUUAACCGAAGGCUAUAAAAUUUCUGUUGGAUUUAAUGCUGUUAUUUCAAUGUUUUUGAAAAUGAAUUGCAUUAAAGUAACAUCUUCAAAUAAAAUUCUACAUAUAUCUGAGGAAUAAAUUAUAUUUUUAUAUUGUAUUUUUUGUCAUUAUUUCGUUUAAACUUAGCCUUGAUUUCCAGAGUUUUAAUUUUGUGGAGGGAAAAUGAAAUUUAAAUGAACUAGAAUAUUAUUAUUUUGUAUUAUAUAUAUUCUUGUCACAGUGUGUAUGCCAAAUUAUUACAUGGAAAUAUUAAUGUAAAACUUCAUUGUAAUAAAUAUGUUUGAAUAAA